AUGAUGAGUUCGGGUUGUGAGGAUUCGUCUGUCAAUGCGAUGGGUAUUCGUGGUAUUCCAGAGAAAUGCGAGUGUGGUCGAAGCACUGCGAUAUACACAUCAAAAUCGAAGCAGAAUCCAGGAAGAACCUUCUUUAGAUGCCCAACGUUUCGAAAUGAUCACUUGUAUAAAUGGGUAGAUGAAGCUGUCUACGAAGAGGUUCAGGAUGCAUUGCCAAAAGUCGAGUGCUUUGCAUCGGAUCUCAUGAAAAUUAAAAUGGAGAUCGAAAGCUUCAAAACUGCAGAGGAAGAGUUGAAAGAAGAUGUUAGGAAGGCGAACAGUGAACUUAAGAAGCUGAAUGUGAUCAUGAAAGUAGGUUUUGUGAUGGUUUUCUUAAGCAUUGUCGCAUGUCUUGUGUUGAUCAUGUUUGAUAAAGCAAAUGGGUUGUCUUUGAAUAGCUACUAGGAGACUCUAUUUAUGUUAUUGUAAUGGUUUCAGUGAACUCAUGGUUUAUUUGAGUCUAAUGUUGUAAGACUGUUUAUGUUAUUCUAAAGAUUUCGAC